AUGGGUCUUCUGCGUCUUCACAUCGAUGGGAAGGUGUUUCGGGAUCCUCAGAAUCGAGAGAUUGUUCUGAGGGGUAUCAACGUUGCAGGGGAUGCCAAGUACCCGAAACAGCCCGAUCUUCCUUCGUUUGUUUCGGACAAGUUCUUCGAUGCAGAUGAUGUUUCGUUUGUCGGGCGGCCCUUCUCGCUGGAAGACUCGCACGCCCACUUCAGAAGACUGCGCAAGUGGGGCUAUAAUGCGAUCCGAUAUAUCUUCACAUGGGAGGCAAUCGAGCAUGCCGGUCCCGGCAUCUACGACGAAGAGUGGAUCGCAUUCACUAUUGAGGUUCUGAGAAUAGCGAAGCAAUAUGAGUUUUACGUCUUCAUGGACCCGCAUCAGGAUGUGUGGUCUCGAUUGUCUGGAGGAUCAGGCGCACCAAUGUGGACACUUUAUGCGGCAGGUCUAAAUCCUAAAGGGUUCAAAAAUACAGAAGCUGCACUCGUUCAAAAUACAUAUGAUAACCCUGCCGAUUUCCCCAAAAUGAUCUGGAGCACGAACUACACCCGUCUCGUAUGCCAGACCAUGUUCACCCUCUUUUGGGCAGGCAAGGACUUUGCACACAAAGCUAUCAUCGAUGGCAUGAAUAUUCAAGACUAUCUACAGACUCACUUCAUCGCCGCAUGCAAGCACCUAGCGCAACGAAUUCACGAGGCUGGGGAUAUUGAACAUGCUGUAGUAAUUGGCUGGGAGAGUAUGAAUGAGCCCCAUCGAGGCCUCAUUGGAGUGCAGGAUAUUUCUAUCAUUCCCCCGGAACAACAGCUUCAGCUUGGAACCUCACCAACGGCCUUCCAAGCAAUGCUCACAGGCGCUGGACGAGCUUGCGAGGAAACUACCUGGGGCUUUGGCAGCUUUGGCCCGUACCAGACAGGCAGACAACUUGUGGACCCCGAGGGAGAAUUGGCCUGGCUCCCUGCCGGCCAUGAUGAUAGCAAAUAUGGCUGGCAACGAGACUCCGGAUGGAAACUCGGAGAGUGCAUUUGGGCCCAACAUGGAGUCUGGGAUCCAGACACGGAUACCCUACUUCAGAAAGACUAUUUCUCAAAGGUGCCUAGCACUGGAGAACCCUUGAACUACGAGAUAUUCACCAACACAUACUUUUUGGAGCACUACCGAAAAUACAGAGAUGCGAUUCGGGGCAUCUGGCCUGCGGCGAUACUGCUGUGUCAGCCACCCGUGAUGGAAUUGCCUCCUGACUUGAAAGGAACGGAGGACGAUGACCCAAACAUGGUCCAUGCUGUCCAUUACUACGAUGGUCUAACUCUUUUGACUAAACACUGGAACCGCCUCUACAAUGUGGAUGUCAUUGGUGUCCUUCGAGGCAAGUACUGGGCACCGGCGUUUGCUGUCAAGGUUGGAGAAUCGGCGAUCCGUAAUUGUCUGCGUGACCAACUCAAAUUCCUCCGCGAAGAGAGUUUGAAGUACAUGGGCAAUCAUCCACUUCUCUUCACCGAAAUUGGCAUUCCAUAUGAUAUGGAUAACAAGCAUGCCUACGAGACUGGAGACUAUAGUAGUCAAACGAGCGCGAUGGAUGCCAACCACUUUGCUCUCGAAGGCAGUACCUCGAAUGGCUUUACCUUGUGGGUGUAUCAGACAGAGAACAAUCACGAAUGGGGCGAUCUUUGGAAUGGAGAAGACCUGUCUAUCUACUCCCGAGACGAUUUGGAGCUUCCGACCAAAGCCACGUACACGUCCCUGAAUCCACAGUCUCCGGCUUACUCUGAAAGCCAUAGCAGUGGAGACGAGCCGGAAGUCGAUCCUCGCAAUCUCAAGCGCGCACUCACAAACCCAUCAAUCACCAGUGUUAGCUCUCAAACUCCCAAGGGCUACCGGGCCGCCGAGGCUUUCCUUCGCCCAAGUCCAAUUUAUGUGAAUGGAGCACUGGGCAGCCAUGUCUUUGACCUUCGGAGUUGUACGUUCACCAUGACUUUGACGGCGAAGGUCGCUACCCCAUCCGAAGCCCCAACAGAGAUAUACCUGCCCGAGUUCCACUUCCCUGAUGGUGUGACUGUCAUCGCGGUAAGCGGGGGGAAGUGGGAAAUUGACUACCAGGAAAUCAAGACGAUUAAGAUCCAGCGAUUACGAUGGUGGCACGCCGAAGGUGAGCAGAGCAUCAAAAUCGAGGGAGUCAAGCGCAAAGCAGGAGAGUAUUCUAAUCCAUCUGGGGACGACGUAACAUAUCUUGAACAGUGCCAGAAGGGCGAUUGUCUUGUCAUGUGA